GGGUGUCUUUGUAUUUUCUUUAGUUUUCGUUAGGUACCACAUUUAAGAGAGUCAUAUAAAUCUUUGUUUAACAUCUCUUUUCUCUGUAAUAAAUUGUAAAUUUAUGGAACUGGUCUGACUUUUUUACUAGUGUCGUCUUAAUGACGAUUACUCUUACCAAUGAAACAAGCGAAGAAAAGUAAAAAUACGUUUAAACGUCUUGUAUCCUUUCCUGGUUUGGUGUCGAAGUCAAAGCAAUGGAAAGAUAAAGAUUAUAGACGGGACACUUUUGCAGACCAGGGAUAUGGAAGUCCAAGUGUUUUUCAUGCAACAGUCAUAAUAUUCCUGGAGUACUUUGCUUGGGGCUUGCUCACUGGACCAAUGCUAAAUGUUUUGGGAGAGACAUUUCCUACUCAUACUUUUUUAAUGAACGGUUUGGUUCAGGGAGUGAAGGGUUUCCUGUCGUUUUUAAGUGCUCCUCUCAUUGGUGCUUUGUCUGAUGUUUGGGGAAGAAAGUCAUUUUUACUGCUCACUGUGGGAUUUACAUGUUUGCCAAUUCCAUUAUUGAGAUUCAAUCCUUGGUGGUUUUUCGGUGUAUUGUCCAUCUCAGGAGUUUUUGCUGUCACCUUUUCUGUUGUGUUUGCCUAUGUAGCGGACUGCACUGAUGAAAAUGAUCGCACAAUGUCGUAUGGUCUAGUAUCGGCAACGUUCGCAGCAAGCCUUAUAGUGAGUCCUGCAAUAGGCUCAUACUUACAAGGAGUAUACAACGACAAUGUAGUUAUAGCCCUAGCAACUGCUGUUGCUAUGUUAGAUAUAUUAUUCAUCUUACUUAUUGUGCCGGAGUCUCUACCGGAACGUAUGAGACCUGCAACCUGGGGUGCUCCAGUAACCUGGGAACAAGCUGACCCUUUUAAUUCUCUUAGAAAAGUUGGAAAUGAUCCAACUGUUUUGCUAUUAUCGGUCGCUGUGUUUUUGUCGUAUUUACCAGAGGCAGGACAAUAUUCUUGCAUGUUUCUCUACUUAAAAAAGGUCAUGUAUUUUGAUUCCGAAGAUGUUGCGACGUUCAUUGCAGUAGCUGGAAUUUUAUCCGUUGUGGCGCAGACGAGUGUUUUAGCUUUAUUGAAGAAAAAUAUAGGAUUAAAACAUUGCAUUCUUGUUGGUCUGGUGUUUCAAGCUUUGCAGCUUACGUGGUACGGCUUAGGAAGUCAAAAAUGGAUGUUAUGGGCGGCUGGUUCGCUGGCGUCUAUGUCAAGUUUAACGUAUCCUGCAAUAAGUUCAUUGGUCUCAUGUAGCUCAGAGUCUGAUCAGCAAGGUGCUGUUCAAGGAAUCAUCACGGGUAUACGAGGAUUAUGUAAUGGGUUAGGUCCAGCUUUGUUCGGUCUUAUGUUUUUCAUAUUUCACGUUGAUCUUGACUCGCCAAAACCAGCAGUGACAGUCAACUUAAAUUCUACCCUAUCCAAAACAUCGAAGGAUCCUUCAUUGAGAGGUAUUGGAACUGGCGCUCCAUUUCUGUUUGGGGCUGGUUUGGUCAUCUUAGCCCUUUUAUUGACAUUAUUUUUACCCGAGAAGAAAAACGUGCUCAUCGUAAACUCAACGGUUGGAAGCCCGAAACAUCCAAACCGUCCCAGUUUCUCCGAAGACGGGCAAAACAUUGCCAACACAGAGGCAAACGAAAAAGUUCCAAUGUUAUUCAAUGAUUCAUAAUCCCAAGUCGUUGAUUCUAAACACAACUAAAAACGGGGAUUCUGCAUACAGGCAGCCUUUCAUUGAUGGCCAUGUCUUGGAUUCCGGUAUCUUUGACGGUACGCAGAUUGAGACAAGUGAAAGAAGCAUCACGCAAGCAUUCUACAUCUUUCUUUCACUGAACCUGUGAUUGGUCAAAAUCAGUUUUUCUCUCGUAGGCAACUGCUUCUAGCAAGUUGAUGAUGAUUGUAUUUGUAAACAAUUUACUUCAAAUUAUUUUGACGUAGUGUAUUUUAUAUUGAUGAAGGGAUUUUAUUAGGCUUGAAUAAAGAAUCCAGGCAGGCUGCGGCCAUGUUGUUGGUUGGUAUUAUUGUU